AUGAGGUGGGUGGAGCUGGCCAGCAAGGGUGAUGUCCCACAGGCGCGCAGCUCCCACUCCAUCACCGCGGUGGGCGACCGCCUGUACCUGUGGGGCGGGGAGUCUGCGCCCAGGGUGCCCAUCAGCACCGACAUGCACGCCUACGACAUGCAGGCGGCGCAGUGGUCGCUGGUGCAGGCCCAGGGCACGCCGCCCAGCCUGCGCAACGCCCAUGCCGCAGCGGCGAUCGGUGCCGGCAUCUAUAUCUUCGGCGGACGGAGCGGCAUCGACAUUGGGGAGGGCAGCCUGAACGACCUGCACCGUUUCGACGCGGAGAGCGCCACUUGGGUGGAGGUCAGGCCAGCCAGCGAGGCUGUGCCACCCAAGCGCUCCUACCAUGCCAUGGCCGCGGCGCAGGGCCGGCUGUACGUGUUUGGGGGGUGUGGCGAGGGGAGCACAGGCAGGCUCAACGACCUCUGGGAGUUUGAUUUGUCUACAGCCACCUGGCGCCAGCUGCCUUCCAGCGAUGCAAUCAAGGCAAGUGGCAAUCGCACGCUGGGCCGUGGCGGGGCCGGCUUUGCGGCCGUCCCUUGCGCGCUGUUUGUGGUGGCGGGGUUUGCGGGGCAAGAGAUGGGCGACGUGCACAGGCAAGGCCGGGGCGCAGGGCCGCCCGGCGGCAGCAGCAGCUGCGGGCACGACCAGCCGGUGGCCCUCCCUGCACGCUCUGUGUGCGCUGUGGCUGCCCACGGCUGCGCCGGCUGCCUCCACAGCAACCACAUUGUGGUGUUUGGCGGCGAGGUCGACCCCUCCACCCAGGGCCAUGCCGGCGCCGGCUGCUACUCGGCAGACACCUUCUGCCUGGACACCGCCUGCGGGCACUGGCACAGCAUCAGCGCUGGCGGGCAGCCGCCCUCGCCGCGCGGCUGGCUGGCGGCCACCGCAUGCGGCACUGGCGUGGUGGUUCAUGGCGGCAACAGCGCCUCCAACCAGCGCCUGGCCGACAUGUUCCUCCUGGAGAUGCACUGA